UGUUCUGUUCCGUUUGCAACGCUCUUCGCUCUGUACUGUACUGUACUGCGGUAAACACUAGCGUGUGACUCGCUGGUCGCCUGAUCGCUCGAAGUGCGAGUCAUAUGUUCUGCGAAUUCUCUCACAUUUGAGAACGCGAGUUGCUUCAGCCAUGUGUGAAACGUGUUACCGUGAAGUAUGAACUGUGUGCGUGAUGUCACCUGCCUAGCGUGCUAACGCUGCUCGUUUUAAGCCAGCUGUCAGCGCCUGUCCUGCGGACAAUCGUGCUGCUGUUGUCAGCGCGCUUUGUCAGCGAUUAUUGUUUGCGGCGCACAUUUCAAGGUCUGUUGCUUUGCCUACACUGCGCCCUCAUCAUGACCGUCCCGAAGCCUGACACCCGCAAAAAGACUGUCCUGGACAGCACUGGGAAGCUCGACUUUGGCGAGUUUGAGCUGCAGCUCUUUGACAGCCGCUACAUGAACAAGCGGCCGCAGAAAUCCGACUCGAUGAAGCUGGGAAGCUGGCUAAAGCCGUCGUGCAUCCCAAUCACUAUCAUACUCCUGCUCAUCGUCCUGGUAGUGCUCUUCCCACUCCUGGGUCACUCUCGGGAUGGCGGCUUCGCAGCCCAGAGCGCCAGCAAGGACGGCAAAGCCAUCAACUGCCUCGACACAUGCUCAUUCACCCUCGUGGAAAGCAUACCUGAGAACUUGACAUAUCCUUCUGGAUCACCGUCACAUGUGAGCACCUAUGAAGGCUGGAAGACACUGUUACAGCUUGCCACAGCCGAGAUCAAAAUAGCCUCCUUUUACUGGACUCUUCGUGGAAGUGACAUAUACCAGGACACCUCUGCUUGGCAGGGGGAAGACAUAUUUAAGGAGAUUGUCACAGCUGGCAAGAACCGGUCUAUUAGCAUCAAAAUCGCUCAGAACUUGCCAAGAGAAAAGGAACCUAAUCUGGACACGCAAGACUUGAUUAAACAAGGUGUCGCAAGUGUGAGGAGUGUUGACUUCGACCACCUCAUGGGCGCCGGUGUACUUCACACUAAAUUUUGGAUAGUGGACAACAAACACAUCUAUGUGGGCAGUGCCAACAUGGACUGGAGGUCCCUGACUCAGGUGAAGGAGCUCGGUGCGCUAAUCUUGAACUGCGGAUGCCUCGCCAAGGACUUGGACAAGGUCUUCCAAGUCUACUGGGACCUGGGGGUCCCGAACGCUACGAUCCCUGCUCACUGGCCUGCGGAGCUCAGCACCAACAUCAAUGUGGAGACGCCCGCCGACGUGGAUUUCAACGGCACGGCGACGCGGACCUACUUUUCGAGUUCUCCGCCAGCCUUCUGUCCAGACGGCCGUACUGUGGACAUUGACAGCAUCUUGGACGUGAUUGCGAGUGCUGAAAAGUUCAUCCACAUCGCAGUCAUGGAUUACAUACCUGUUACGCUCUAUGAAAAGGAAGCAAAGUUCUGGCCUCGUAUCGACGAUGCCCUCCGGGCGGCCGCGAUUGAGCGAGGCAUCGAGGUUCACCUUCUCAUCAGCAAGUGGAACCACACCCACCACGCCAUGUUCAACUACCUCCGCUCCCUGUCGGUACUGCGGUCACAUCAAGUGAACAUCCACGUCAAAUUGUUCGAAGUCCCCGCUUUCACGCCCGAGCAAGAGUUGAUACCGUUUGGGAGAGUGAACCACAACAAGUACAUGGUCACUGAUAACAAGGCAUACAUUGGAACGUCAAACUGGACCCCUGACUAUUUCAUCAACACUGGUGGCGUCGGUCUCAUUCUGGACCAAUCGGGCAACAAUGAGACGUCGUCCCAGCCAAUCACAGAUCAGCUGAACUCGGUAUUUGAGCGGGACUGGAACUCGCCGUACGCCCGAUGGCUGUGAUACUCAAGCAGCGCCCUCACUUAGGUCGUGCUCAGCUCAGGAGAGUGCUCAGUCUUUGUUUGUGCAGCGCAAGGACAGAUUGUUGAAUGUAUUUGUGCCUCAUGAUGGGAGUCAACGACGUGCGUGAUCAACCAGCUCUCUAUCGGUGGUGUGAAGAGGGAAGGUUGCUGACGUGUUUUCAACUUUCGACAAUGGAUUCAUUACAGACAAGCUUGUACAGCAGAUGAGAGCAGAGUAGAGUGGAUGGGAGUAGAGUGGAGUGGAGUAGAGUUGGCUGAUUGAAAUGACACAGUGCAUGUCUAUGCGCCUACUGUUUGUCCAGUCCUGAGGCGUUGUUCUUUAGCGACAACUUUAGAGGAGCAUUGCAGGUGUAACUAUACAAGACACCUAGGGGUGUGGGCCGAUUGAUUGUCAUGCGUUAUGAGCAUCAUUGCCGUUUCAGGUUCUUUCACUGAAAACCAGCAUGCGUUUCGACGUGUUUUACCCUAAUCUUUCUCUAACUUGCCCCAUGAUACACCUGCAGCAGGUGUACAAUGCCAUCUGACAUGGAUAUUUUGAACUGUCUCUGUUGAGUUGGCGCACAGGAUGUUUGACGUAAUUGAGUUCUGCAAGCACAUCUUUCUAAGUUUCUUAUACAAACUCAUGCCUUGCAUAUUUACUUCAGCAUGCAAUAUGGCCGUAAAUGCUGUUCUGUUUUCAUAUUUUUAUUAUAUUCUUGUACGUACUAAUGACCUGGUGCAAAGGCUUUGAUUGCACCAGGUUACUUUGGGUCUUUAAGCCUAAUCAACUGAUCUAUACUGAGGGUGGCUGUGCCUCGUGAUUAACACCUCAACUGCAAAGAUGGUGCGCUCUGAAAUAAACAAUAAACAGCUGUGCUAGCUGGGAAUUGCAACGCUGCAUCAUGCUAAACCAGCACUAAAUACAGCCGUGACAUUGCCAGAAGUCCAGAAGAUGAUUGCUGAACUAUAAACGAAGUCCGUCUGUUCAUGUUGCUUGGUCCUAUGGUGUUUUGCUGAACAAGAGGUUAUUAAUCUGAUUCCCAUGGCAACAGUUUCCUUUGUUCUGAGAAUGCAAAUGCAAAACCACUCGGUAUAUGUUUGUGUUAAUGAAGAUGAGGUGUGCAUUGUGACACCCCUGUGCUGUGCCUCUCAUAGCCCAGAUGUUACUUUGGGUCUUUAAGCCUAAUCAACUGAUCUAUACUGAGGGUGGCUGUGCGUCGUGAUUAACACCCCAACUGCAAAGAUGGAAAUGUACUGCAGUAGAGCUUAGUUACAGUUCAGUGUUUCACCACUGCACUUAUAUCUGGUCUGUGUUUUGUGCUGGUUAAUCAUGACAGACAGCUUGAGUUAGCUGUUAAGAGUUGAAAGGGGUCAUUGUGUGGAGAGAUCACGUUUUAAGCCGCACUUCUCGGGCAUGUUAUGGGCAAUUUGCGAAAUAUGUUGUCACGAAAGCAUAUGCAAUGCUGUUAUUGGCCCGGUGCAAGUAAAGUGAUGGUCAUGUAGGCUGAGUGACAGGGGUACGUACAGAAGAAUUUGUGGGCUGUGACUGGCGUAGUUGUAAACCUCGCUAGUACGAGUUGUGUUGGAAGGUGAAUGCAUUUGGGUGCAAGUGUCAAGAGUAGUUUUCUGUUGUACAUUGUUGCAGCUUCUGUUCCAAUACUCCCGUCUUGUUAACUGAUGUCCAGCUACUCAUUGAGUGCGAUUAAUUUUUUGCCUUGUGACAUCACCAUUGGGCACAGCAUGGAGGGACACUUUGAUAUAUCGUAGUUUCGUGCAUUUAACCCGUACCAGAAAUUUAAGAAAUUUUAGCUACACAGUGCAAGUGCGGGUCGUAGUGUAUUCUGCCUUCAGGCGGGACUUUGGAGCAAUGCAUCGUGCAUUGCCGUGAAGCCACACUUGGAGGCAAACAUCACUUUAUAAAACUCUUAAACAGGAGAGAGGUUGAGGAAAACGAAGGCUGGAAGCAAUAAACAGUUGUCGAACAAGAAAUGUCGCUGGAGCUAACAUUGUCCUCCGUCCGGGCAGUCGUACCCCAAAAAAGGACAGAUCCCCUUGUCGAAACGUUAGUUCCAGCGAUAUUCUUUGCUCGACCAUUGUUGAGCAUUGUCAAGAAGCUGCACUGCUCAUUCCAGCAUUUAAAGUGGCUCAAUGUAUGAAACGAAACUGUUGCUUAGGAUUUGUUUUGCACCGACAACUGUGCUGGCAUUUCUUUUGUAAAGGUUUCAACACUUGUAUGCAGUCAAUUGCGCGGGUUAUCGUCAGUCUUUAUGUUCAGCUGCACCUUUCCCUACAACUCUAUUUUAUUGCUGCUCUGCAUCAACCUUCCCCAUCAUAUCCCUGCAAAUUUUCCUACCUCGUCCCACUCUGCCAUUCUCGACUGCAUUUCACCUUUCCUUGGCACCUGUUCUGUAACUUAAUUUAAUUAGUAGUGGAAUGCUAAUCUGUUCUGUGCAUUACAGAACGCUUCGAACUUCACCUCUUCUUUUUAAUUUGAACCAUAACAUCAGCUACUUGUGUUAGGUCUUUAAUUCAUACUGGCAUAUUCCUGUCCCCGAUGUUUGUUGGUUAUACAUGCAUAAGCUUUCUUUUUUGUUUUAUUUUUUUCAGUUGUAGUUUGGGGUUCACAUUAUAUGUGGAAUCAUAGUAUAACCAAAAGAAAAAUGCAGAUGAACUUUCCAGUGAACUUUCUUGGCGUGUUAAACAUAGCAGAUUAAUUUUGGUCAAGUUCUGACCAACAUUUAGAGAACAUGAUGGCUAAGGCUUUACAGGGUCGAAAAAUGUUUUCGAUGCGACAUUCGGGCACUUUAAUGGCACCUGUAGUAUACGCAGUACAAGUUAUUUCUUUGAAUAUGUGCUUCUGUUGUGAACUCUUGUCGAUUAUAGCAGUUAACUGGCAAAGGGGACUUGCUGGGCUUGUAUCAUGACAAAGAGCAAACCUGAAAGGCUUAGUACUAUUUAACUUAGCCACGAACAGUGCACAUAAAUGUCUGCGUUAACACGAUCAUUAACUAGUUACUGCCUUUUCUGCCUUUUUUUUCUGUACCUUGCAUCAUCACUACCAUGUGACGUGCCCGCCCUUCUCACUGAACCACCACAUGCGACUCACUUCGCUUGCGUUGAUGAAUUCUCAAAGCAGUUACAUGCAGUGAUUCUUUUACACUUUUGUAAUAUGGUGAGCUCAUGGUAAUCCAAGAUAGGGUGAUUCGGACUUUCUUUGAAUUGAUUCAAACAAGUCUUAAAAUUUGAUCUAGAUGAUGAUGUUUUGACCAUAUAUUGAAGCCGCUUAAUAGCAAUAACUCGAACAAAGAUUUUGGUUAAUUCAAACUAAGUAUGUGGCCUCCUAGGGACUGGUCAUCAGGGCAAACAUGAAUGCUUGGAGGACAUUUAUGAGGCAUGAUUUCGCAGUACAGUUAGAGAACAUAGUAGAGUUCCCGUUUCAUACAAUUUCCCAGCACCAACGUUUGCGACUAAGAACACGAAAGAUGCCCCAUACAGUGGCACUUUUUUUUACUACUUGAUACAUUCCCGAAAGACACAAUCUUUUGGCACUAACGUUCAGCACAUUGCCAAAUUGCAGUCGUAUCGUACGUUUUUUGGCCGCUAGAUCCCGUGUAAAGAAGAACUUGAAAUUUUUGGUUGGGUCAACUUCAAAUUUGGAGGUAGGCCAACUUAAAUUUGGGGGUUGGCGAACUGAAAAUUUGGGGGCCAACUGAAAUUUGAGGCGAGCCGACUUCAAGUUUCGGCAGGGGCCAACUUAAAUUUGGGGGCAGGCUAGUGCACAAUACGAAUUUCUCCAAGAAAAUGCAUAGCUUAUAUAAUAUGUAAGGGUGCUUUCCAUUUGGAGGUGGCACAAUAAACAAUUUUAAAGCUUUUUAUGCUAUCCGGUAGGGUUUUUUUUUGUUCAUUCACUACCCUCCUUUUCCCCUCUUAAAUUCUUGCAUUCUUUUAUGUAGAACGUAUGAAUGAGGCUCUACUGUAAAUGUACAAGGUGCAGGUUUUUGGCACUAAUACGUGAAGUUGUUGAUAAUGCCUUAAUUUACACUUUUAUUCAGAGAUUCUGACUACUAGAUUUCAAUUAUUUUGUGUUGGUGAUAUUUUCAUGAAAUAUAGCUGCUUACUUUAAGCUAUCAUCAUCAUCAUUGGCCUAUUUUAUGUCCAUUGCAGGACAUAGGCAUCUCCCUACAAUCUCCAAUUACACCUGUCUUGCUCUAGCUGAUUCCAACUUGCGCCUGCAAAUUCUCUAAUUUCAUCACCCCACCUAGUUUUGUGCCGUCCCUGACUUCCCUUCCCUUGGCAUCCAUUCUGUAAGUGUAAUAGUCAACCGAUUAUCUACCUUACACUUUAUAUGGCCUGCCUAGCUCCAUUUUUUCCCUCUUAAUGUAAACUAGAAUAUCAGCUAUCCCCGUUUUCUCUCUGAUCCACACCAUUCUUUUCCCAUCCUCUUAACGUUAUGCCUGACAUUUGCAUUCCAUCGCUCUUUGCGUGGUCCUUAGCUUGUUCUUGGGCUUCUUUGUUAACCACCAAGUUUCUGCCCCAUGUGUAUACCUUAAGCUAUAGCAUUGUAAAGUUUUGAUGUCAUUCGAUGGAUGCUUACAUUGCGUACCCAAGAUUCAGGGUCUCGUUUAAGGUAAUGAUGGGACAACGAUCACACUGCACACAAAUUUUCAGUUAUCAGCAUGUUAAAUGACUUGGAGGCAUGCUUGCGAUUAACAUUUAUGCACAUAUUUGUUUGCACUGUUGCUCUAACACUGAAUGCAAUAUGUGUCGAUAGAUAUACAAGUUAAAGAAUGUGGUAGGAUAAAGCGGGGAGAGGUUGGCCAGGUGAGCUGCAGGUAUAUGUAUUAUAUACUUGCAGGUAUACGUGUUGAUGGUACACAUAUGUACCAUCAACAUAGAUUGGAAUGCGAAAAGCAAAUAACUGAUCAGAAUUCCUGCUAUGCGUAAUUUCAUAAAAGUGCAACAUGUGAUCGCUUUGUUGGAAAAAUCUGUGGGAAAAGAAAAAAUUUUUAACUACCUGACAGGAGCACGAAGCUGCAAGGGAAACCGAGAUGGGCUUCUCAGAAAGCCUCGCAGUUGUUGAAAAGUGCAUCUUGGUUCAUUUCCCUUUCAUAAAGCUUCCUCCACCUAGCAGGUUUUCACAGAA